UAGCUCUUCGUGGAGACUUUGUUUUGCUGUUCGUUCUGGUCCCUUUCUUUUGGAACCAGAAAUCUCUCUGCUGAGCUCCGAGCAGCCGGAGAUGCUCCUCGGCUCCUUUUGAUUUUUUUUAAAAUUUUUUUGAUUUUUUGAUUUUUUUGGAGUGUGUGUGUGUGGACGUGGAUCCUCGGGGCUGGGCAGGGCAGGGCAGGAGCGGUGCAUUCCUCCCCGCCUCUCUCCUGUCCAAGAGAUCCGGGCUGGCGCGUCUCCCCCCGGGAGGACGGGAACUUUUAUUUACAGCUCAGCUUCCAGCCCGUGGCGGAUGGUGGGAAUCUCCGGCCCUUUCCAGUAUCGUACUGAGAAGCACUCCACAAUGCCAGACUCACCUGUGGAUGUGAAGACACAAUCCAGGCUGACGCCUCCAACGAUGCCACCUCCUCCCACUACCCAGGGAGCCCCCAGAACCAGUUCAUUCACACCCACAACGUUAACGAAUGGUACAAGCCAUUCCCCUACAGCAUUGAAUGGGGCCCCGUCUCCUCCCAACGGUUUCAGCAAUGGGCCUUCCUCUUCCUCCUCUUCCUCCUUGGCAAAUCAGCAGUUACCACCAGCCUGUGGAGCCAGGCAACUCAGCAAGUUGAAGAGAUUCCUUACUACACUGCAGCAGUUUGGCAAUGACAUUUCACCCGAGAUUGGCGAGAGAGUUCGCACCCUUGUACUAGGCCUGGUGAAUUCUACUUUGACAAUUGAAGAAUUUCAUUCCAAACUGCAAGAAGCUACCAACUUCCCACUGCGACCUUUUGUCAUCCCAUUUUUGAAGGCCAACCUACCACUGCUACAGCGGGAGCUCCUGCACUGUGCCAGACUGGCCAAACAGAAUCCUGCCCAGUACCUCGCUCAGCAUGAACAGCUGCUCCUGGACGCCAGCACCACCUCACCUGUUGACUCCUCAGAGCUGCUUCUCGAUGUGAACGAAAACGGGAAGAGGCGAACUCCAGACAGAACCAAAGAAAAUGGCUUUGACAGAGAGCCUUUGCACUCAGAGCAUCCAAGCAAGCGGCCAUGCACUAUUAGUCCGGGCCAGCGGUACAGUCCAAAUAACAGCUUAUCUUACCAGCCCAAUGGUAUGCCUCACCCUACCCCACCUCCACCUCAGCAUUAUCGAUUGGAUGAUAUGGCCAUUGCUCACCACUACAGGGACUCCUACAGACACCCCAGCCACAGGGACCUCAGGGACAGAAACAGAACUAUGGGGUUGCAUGGCACACGUCAAGAAGAAAUGAUUGAUCACAGACUAACCGACAGAGAAUGGGCCGAAGAGUGGAAACACCUUGACCAUCUGUUAAACUGCAUAAUGGACAUGGUGGAAAAAACAAGGCGCUCUCUCACUGUGCUAAGGCGAUGUCAGGAAGCGGACCGCGAGGAGCUGAAUUACUGGGUCCGGCGGUACAGCGACGCUGAGGAUUUAAAAAAAAGCGGGAGCAGUAGCAGCAGCAGCCACUCCAGACAACAGAGUCCAGUGAAUCCAGAUCCAGUCCCCCUCGAAUCACAUCGGGAAUUCCUACACAGGCCUGCUUCUGGAUAUGUGCCAGAGGAGAUCUGGAAGAAAGCUGAGGAGGCAGUCAAUGAGGUAAAACGUCAAGCCAUGACAGAGUUGCAGAAGGCCGUAUCAGAAGCAGAACGGAAGGCCCACGACAUGAUCACGACCGAGAGAGCUAAGAUGGAACGUACCGUUGCAGAAGCAAAGCGGCAGGCCGCAGAGGAUGCGUUAGCUGUUAUUAAUCAGCAGGAAGACUCAAGUGAGAGUUGCUGGAAUUGUGGCCGGAAAGCGAGUGAAACGUGCAGCGGUUGUAACACGGCCCGGUACUGUGGCUCAUUUUGCCAGCACAAAGACUGGGAGAAGCACCACCACAUCUGCGGACAGACCCUCCAAGCCCAGCAGCAGGGAGAGACACCAGCAGUCAGUUCCUCUGUGACUCCCUCGAGUGGGGCCGGAAGCCCUAUCGACACGCCACCAGCAGCCACUCCUCGGUCAGCCACCCCCGGGACUCCAUCCACCAUAGAGACGACUCCUCGUUAAAAACUGCCAGGGGGGGAAAAAAAAAACCAACAAAGAAAAACGAAAACCAUUUCUCAUCCUCAGAUGCUCCAAGAUUUUCAAAAGAGAGAGAGAAAAAACUAUCGUAUUUCAGUACUUCGGCAAAAGAGAAUUUACUGUAUCUUGAGGGAGUAGUAAAAUUCAGAAGGCCAGUAACGGGUCAUAAUGACUUAUUGUGGAUAACAAAGAUAUCUUUUCUUUACAGAACUGAAGAGAGCAGAGAAUAUAACACAAAAUGAUAGAUUUGACCUCCUCCCUGUUAUUUUCCAGUAGCUGGGAUUUUAAACUAGAUGACCUCAUUAACAGAUGCUUUACCAAACAGCAAACCAAGAGAUUGCUAAUUGCUGUUGAAAGCAAAAAUGCUAAUAUUAAAAAAGUCACAAUGUUCUUUAUAACAAUAAUGGAAAAAAAAAG